GUUUCGCUUUUGUCUUUUCGCCACUUCUUGUGGACUUUACUUGUCUGCUGGAGAGCGUCUUUUUUGGCGCUUUGAUGGUGAUGGCGAUGGUGCAGCGGUGUCGUCGUGCUAGCCGAAAAAGAAGCAACCAUUGUCGCAUUGGCCGCCUCACUGAAAUUUCAAUUCCGUCGAAUUCAGUUCAACGUUAACCAUAACGUCGUACGGUUCGGUAGUGCGCGUGAAACCCUCCAACGUUCGAGUGACAGUCGUCUGCCGCACACACAUACACACUUACGGAUAUUGCAACAUAUUUAUUUGUGCGCAGUAUAAAUACAAUAAAUCGCUAGCCAUUCACACACAUGCAAACAAACUCUGCAUUGGCUUACGAAAAGGACAUUCGCGUGUUGUUUUUGUAUUUAUUGUUUAUUUUGGUUUCUUGUGUUAAAGAUACUUGGUGUUUCUGCAUAUUUGACGCACCGUUUAUUUGCUGCUACGCCUGGAGUUAACUGUUUCGCCCGCAGACAUGAGGAUUGCACUUGUGCUGUUGAUCGGGAUUUCAAUAUCCAUAGCAACAGCGCUAGCCACAGCCGACGGAUCUGAUGCCAAACAACGUGCCAAAGCGACAACAGCCAAGCCCACUACAACUCCAAAGGUCGUAGAGAGUGGAAAUGCAAAAGCCGCGGCAAAAACAUUAGUGAAGCCUGGAACCACUGCAAGCGAAGCGAAAACUCUCAAGACAUCAGCCGCUAUCACGAACGCCAGCGAUAAGCGUGGAAAGCGCACACUUUUUGAUUUCGAAAAUGCCGGCUAUCUCUAUCCGGAAAUCGCAAGUCGACGCGCUGGCUACGAGAAUAACGGACAAGCCUAUUAUCCGCAAAGUGGUUAUUACAACGGGCAAGAAGCGAUUGCACAAUUCCCAAACAACUAUAUUGGACCCCAGUACUAUCCACAAUAUUUGGAAGCACCCGAGCCGAUAAUCGAGAUCAUUAUAAAGGAUUCAAAUGAAACGCUGCCUGAACCCGAACCACAACCCAUUGUCACCAAGAAAAAGAAGGAGAAAGUUCAUGUUUUCUAUGUAAACUAUAAGAAAGACCAGAACAACAAAUUGCAUUUGGAAAGUCCCAUCGCCUCUCUCAACAAUGAUGACAAUGAAGAAGAAGAGGAGGAAGAGGAGAUCGUGCAUUACCCAGUACCUGCGACACCAGCUCCACCAGUUAAGACUACAACGCUGCGCACUAUCAUCCACCCCGAUUCGGAGAAAUAUCACAGCAAUAGUGGAAUUCAUGUAACUUUCGGGUCCGAGGACAAGUCUCAAGCGGGACACCAGCUUGAGGAACAUAACGCCGAAAGCGUACAGAGCCAAGUGGUUGCCAUACCUGUCGGAGGUGGCGCACAGGACGCUUAUAAUACGCGAUCUGACUUCGGCGCUAGCACACACAGUCAGUCGCAAGCUGGUACCAAUCAACUAUUUACUGGAUAUUUUCAACAGGCACAUCUGCAACAGCAACAACAACAAGCGCAGCAGCAGUUUCAGCAUCAAAAGCAACAAUUGCCAUUGCAACAAAGCGGCAAUUACUUCCGUCCACCUGCCGCCCUUGUCCAACAGCCAUCUGCGAAUUUCUAUCAAAAGCAGCAACAAUCACAAUACCAACACCCCCAGCAACAGCCCCAACAAUCACAACAACAACAACGUCCUCAAUUCAGCUCAUCCUUUAAAAAUGUGGUAAAUCCACCACCACCACCUUCACCAUCUCCUACAACCUUGCCGACUUUGCAGCAGUUGCCACAACUGCAAGCACAAUUUCGCAAAACUUUUGGAGCUUCUAGUUCCCCACAAGGCCAAUUUUACUCCAAUCACAAUCAGCAAUAUCAGCAACAGCCUAGUAAUCAGCAACAAUCCUUCUUCAGCAGUCUAAUUCAGAAAUCCACACCUGCUCCGCCGAAACAGUCGGUGUUUUUUCCUACCGCACCACCCAAAUCUCAAGAGUUGCCUUCCCGACAAUCGGGAUUUCCUUAUCAGCCAGUUAAGUUCCGUCCGACACUUCCAGCACAACCCCACAUUAAGCAAGUUCCCAUACCGGCCAAGUUGGAGAACACAAAUUAUCAAACUGCGCAAACGCAACAACAUUACCACCAACCACAGCAUCCUUCAAACGUGGUGAAACACCAGCAGAGUUAUCACUCACAACAGCCCUUCCAGUUCAAUCGACAGCCGCAGUAUGUGCAACAGCCGACCUUCUUAUUACCUUCACCACAGACGACACAAUCUAGCAGCAACAAUGGCAAUUACUUUAAACAGACGUCUCAACAAUCACACUCUCACACUCAGUUGCUCAAUCUGAAAUUGGCGUCAAGUCGUUUCCAACCACAGCAGCAACAACAAGCACAACAGUCCCACCAGCAGCCUCAGCAACAGGUUCAGCAACAGCAUCAACCGCAGAACCAGCAAAAGUCAAAUCAACAGUCCUAUCAACAGAGCCAGCACCAGUCCCAACAACAGACACAGCAGUUACAGCAGCAAUCUUUUCAAACACUGCAGAAGAACCAUCAACAAAGCCAGAAGCAAGCUUAUCAGAGUCAGCAGAGCAGCUUACCAAGUCCCAGCAGUCCCACCACUGCCUCUUUGCAGUCGCCAUCGGAUCCAAUUAGGUCGAUUCAUAACUACUUCGGAGUACAAUCUUCUAAAGAAACUGAACUUCUCAAGUCGAUACCGAAAUAUGAGCAGCAUAUAACUGAGACUAUCGAGACUCCAAUUGGCGGCGGCGGCAGCAGUAGUGGGCAAUACAAUGGCUUUGGCAAUUUUGCGUACCAAACACAAAAUCAAGUAUUGCAUGACAUACCAGCACCACAUUUAGGACCCACGCCGGCACCAAACACAGCGCAACAAUCAUACCAACAACAGCAACAAUCCAGCUCAAGCUAUGCAAGUGGUAGUUCGGUGAAUACGCAUUACCUCACAGCGGCGGCUUUGCAAUCAGUAAAAAGUCAACAACAACAGCAGCAACAACAAUUCAGUAAUUUUGUAACGGCUCAGAAUGGCCAACAUUCCGCCUAUCCGACGACGACACUAGCGCCUCCGCAGUACGCCCAAACCACAGACGGCGAGAAGGUCAUGAUCAUAACACCUUUACCCCCGACGGCAUACAACCAAUAUCAUUCCACUCAGUACCAGCAGGAAGUAGCUGCUACACAAGUGCUCGCCAGUUCACCCUCAUUGCAGACACAGCCAGCCACUAACUUCGCUCAGCAACCAAGGCAAUCUGGUGCGGGUAGUUUGAUAUCUUCAACCGUUUCCAACGCAGCUUCAGGUGGUUCAUCGCAAUUUGGUGUAUCGACCUUCCACUCUGAUGUCUUCAAAGAAUUAGAACAGCGUCGCAAUGAAGAAAAGUCCGUCUUGAGCCAAUUUAGUUUUGGCUCACAGCCGGCAUCAAGAAAUGGCAAGCCCUACCUACCCGCCAUUCAAACUAGUGCCAGUAAUUCCAAUUAUGGUCCAGACUCCACUGCAAGCAGCAGCACCCCCACUCCACAGAGCGCACAUAAUACUGAAGGUACGAAAAAAGAAGCUAAAGUCUCUCAAACACUACUUCAAUUGCCCGAUGAAGUUCCCGACGACUUGCGCCAACAGCUGCUAUCGUCCGGUAUUCUCAGCAACGCAGACAUUUCCGUCUUGGACUACGAUAAGGUGGGGGACGUCGCUUUGGAGAAUCUACCUGCUGAGCAUCUGCAGCACUUCUAUGGAGCUGGUGGAGCAGCACAGAUUUCCGCUUCGAAAAAAGUCGUCACGGUGGUCAAGCCGAAUGGGGAUAAGGUUUCGCUUAGCGAAAAAGAUAUUGAACGCGUCAAGCAGUCGAAUGCAUUGCCUCAUAAGCAAGGUGUGGAUGUGAAAGUCGUGCAUUUCGAUGCAGAAAACGAGAAGAGUGUUUCGGAAAAGUACAUUAAGACCGACGCGACUGUUGUGCCACCUGUUGACUUGGCGGAACGCCAGUACAAUCGCUAUUUACCGCUUAAAAUUAACGGUGCGCAGUUCCCUUUGCCUGAUAGUGAGGAGUUGCGUGGUAAGAAGAUCGUGAGUGUUGUUGUUCUGGCCCCAGUUGAGGCACAACCACCAACUAAUGAUAGCACUGAACGCCGUAGUGAACGCGAUGCCGCAGCUGAUGAUAAGGAAGUGAAAUUCAUUGGUGGUGACCUUAUCAAGACUUUGGUUAAGAAGCCUACAAAAGAGAAUUUCAAGCGCUGGCUGGAGAAAGAAGCGCGAACGGAUGUGGAACAGCAAUCCGUGGUCCUACUAGUGGCAAAAUCCGUCGACGAAGCAGAGCAGGAGAUCUUCAUGUACGACAUAUCGACGGGGGCAGUGAAUAAAUUGAAUGGUGAACUCUCGAGUGCUUUCGUGAAUGUUGCUGAGGAGAAUGCCAGUUCAGAAGAUUUGGAGCACGCCUCAACCUUGGAUCCCAGCGUGUUGGAGACCAUGAUGCAAAAGAGUCAAAGAUGAGCGCUAAGCGCUGCGAUCAAAUGUGCCACCCAAAUAUGCGAGAAAGCCAUUUAAAUAAAGACAUUUUCAAAACACUAUUUGCUUGAGGAAAAAGCUAAAGCGGCUGAUUAGAAAUAAAAGCAAAUUCCUUAGAAAUUGGUUAACAAGCGCCACCAACGAAAUAUAACUUGUGCUAUUCUAUAGGCUGCCUUCGCCUUAACUUUUGUCCUUAUCCUCAUAAUUUUUCGUUUUCUUCCGUUGUUAUUAUUAUUUUUAUUAUUCUUUGGUAAAGGUUCCCUGUGUGGCUCUUAUUUCUCUUUUUCUGUCUGAAAUAAGUACAUGAUUCGGUGGAAUCUACGAAGUUUCCUGCUCUUCGACUACUCUUCAACUUUUGUAUAAAUUUUAUAUUCUUUAUUUAAUUAAUUAUAGUUAAUUUUUAUACGAUAAAUAUAUUUGUACAUAUGAAAGUUAAAAUUAAUAAUGAAAGCGAACUAUAUUUUAUAGUCUAAAAAUGUUAAUAAAAAUUACAAAAACAAAAUUUUAAUAUCUCGCCUUUCG